GUGUGGGGAGCCAUGGCCCCUGCCCGCUUGUCCUCUUCCUCCUACUGAUGGCCAUGUGUUUCCGGGAGACCUGUGCUGCUCCGUGGCGAGCACCGGGAGCAGGAGAUGAACUUGGUGCUCCCUUUCCGGAUGAUCGUUUGGAUCCGGAUUUUGUGCCUGUGCCUCUGGGACAACCCAGAGGCCCUGCUGGUGAAUCAGCAGAACAGAAUCCUGCCUCUGAGCCUGAAGGGGAUGCUGGAGAUGUGACUGGAGGAGGUGAUCCAGGUUCCGCUCUGAGCUCUGGGACUGAAACUCCGGCAGAUCGCAUGGGAGUGCCCCCAGGGAGGGCUUUGCCCGGUCAUGUGUUUCCUCCUGCGCUGGAGCCCAGCUGGAAUCCCAGCGGUCCGGAAAAAGGAAAGGAUGAACCCAAAAGAGGAGAAUACUCCCAGGGCUCAUCCCGUCUCCUCAAGGAACUGGUGAAGGAAAUGGAGAAGGCAGCGCGUGGAACUGACCAACAAAGUGAGCAGGAUGCACUGCAGGAAGGCAGCCAUCCCACACUGCCAGUCUCGGGCAAAGGAACGCAGGCAGCGCCAGCAACUGUCAUGCCAGGGAUGAAUGCCGGGACGAGCACAAAGGCUGCUGUUGGCAGAUCUGCGCGAAGGCGCCACAUUGCAGCGAUGGUACUGUUCUCAGCUGUGCUGCUGUCUGCGCUGGUGCUGGCCUGUGGUGCUGUGAUAUGGAUGUGCCAAAAAUACGUAGUGUGCAAGAGAGAAGAGAGAGCAGCAGAGCAGGCUCAUCCUGAUACCAACUAGGAGAGAGUUCCAACUGGAGACGAGGGCAGAACGGAGCUGGGAGAGGCAGCCGAAGAGACUCUUGCCCCAUCAAAGAAGAAUCUCAGCCAUCGUCCCAGUGCAUUCCAUUCUGCCAUCCAAGAGGCCAAAGGUCUUCAAAGUCAUCUGGAAGACUUGGAGCUUGAACUCAAAGCCGUGAAAGAGGUCCACGGGAACAGUCCUGAGUGCUGCUUUCUGUCAGGGGACGGCCCUGAAAGUGAGAGCGGAGAACCAGCAGCAGAGCUUUUGUCCUUCACCCUGCAUUCUCUGGGACAAGCAUCAGCAACAUUUCAAAGAUUCUUAGCUCGGCACAGCUACAAUCCUGUUGAGGGUCCUAAUGAGGAGCCAGAAAGCGAGCUUCCUCUGACCGCUGGACAACACCUUAACGUCUUUGGAGCUGUGGAUGAGAAUGGCUGGUUUCAGGGAGAGCUGACAGAUGGCACAAGAGGACUGGUCCCAUCCAGUUUGGUUGCGGAGGUUUCAGAUGAUGAACUGGAUACAACGAUGCCUCCGGAGCUCUGUGCUCUCCUGCUGGAUACUUGAUGAAUAAGUGGAUGCAGAGAUUCCAUCAUGCAGCAACAUCCUGUCAAAAUUCCUGCGUUACUCCAUCUGCAGGACUACCCCCUGCUCCACUUGAUGUUCAGGUGGAGUGUGUGCAGGACGUGGAUGAGCUCCUUUGGGAACACUCUGAGGUGACUGACAGUGUAACUGCAUAGUCUUGUGGUAUAUUAAACAAACAAACAAACAAACACCACCCACAAUAAAACAACCAACCAACCAACCCAAAAAGCGCUGCUCUUUUUCUUGGAUACACUGAGGUGAUCCUUUUUCUAGCUGAGACUUUGCAAUGAGUCUUGAAGCAGAUUUGAGCCGGUAGAAGUUGGCAGUGUCUGCAUUCCGUUCUCCUGAUUUCCUUGCUGGUCAGAGUUAAGGUGCCAUGCAUCCAUUCCCCAGCCCUAGCUGUCUCCUGAAUCAUGAGAACAGCCUUUCCAUAUUGUGGAAAGAACUGGAGUGGAUUCACGCUGAAGGACAAGAUGCUUGCAGACACGUAAGCUCAAGGAAGAGAAUGCAGAGUCCAUGGAAACUCGCUGCCAAACAACGAUGAGAAAGUAGAAUAGGCUCCUGUUGUUGAAGAUGGGACGGUGAAACAGAUGUCUCAGCUCAACACAACGCCAGUAGGAGCUGGUUCGGGCUACCCCCCCUUAAAAGGUCGGAAGUUCACAGCGAGGUAGACUACGAGCCUUCAUCCACUGACCGCCAGAGACCCCCACCACAUUUUUAGGACGCGUGCUCAAGAGGGUGGGACAAUACGUUAAUAGUUUCUCAGAAUUCCAGCCCAUUUUUGUGGAACGUAAUGAAUAUGUGGAUGUUAUGUCUGUAAGUAUGUAACCAGUGCUUUUCUCUGUGUGCGAGUUAGGAGGAGAUAUCCCCCCCCGCACCCGGCGCCGUAAUGAGCGUACCUGCUUUGUAACCUUACGUGGGUUCCAGAGUUUGAUUCCACACGUCACUCCCUUCACUAUUAAGAGGACAAAGAACUUCUGGCACAGAAGGAUGCCCACCUGCAAGGCUCAAAUUGCACGCUGCUUCCUCCCUCUCUGCUCAGUAAAACUCUGUGUUGGGCUCAUUUGGAA